AUCCACGACAAGUGGAAUCUAAAGAUAGCAUCUUGAAGACGUAACAACCAUCGUGGCACGAACAUAACGUGGUUACUGUUGCCGACUGCUUACCAAGACUAGACAUUAACCAUGGGUGCAGGUGCCUCGACGGACAACACCGGCGAGAUCGUGGUGGGGGAUGUCGUAACUUUCCUCGUCGAAGACCAUCCCAAGCGCGUCGUUGGAAUUGUAACAGACGUGCAGGAAGAAUGCUGCAGCAUCCAGGUGUCCAAUGUGGAGGUGCUGGACCGGAUUCCGCGCAGCGAAGUUAAGCGGAUCGCCAAGUGGGACGAGAUCGAAAUCGGAGAUAGAGUCAAAGUGAAGGAGCAGGGUUCUCGUCUGUACUACGAGGCCGAGGUGGUUGCGCGGAAUGAAAGCGGCACCUACAAGGUACACUUCGCAGAAGUGGACGAAGAGGAGGACAACGUCACGGUCGACAGAAUGCUCAAGCUCAUGUCUGGUCGUUUGGAGGACAAGGAGUGGAUGAUGUAUAAGGAGACGGAACUUGAGUAGCUAGCUACAUAAACUACCGAGGUUUCCUCUGCAUAGCGGCUUCCUCUGGCACGAACGGCGCGAGAGAAAACCAUCGUGUACCAUACCACAACUUCGUAAAAGAGACUGAACAUUUGAACCCUUCA